CUUGCAUAAAAUAAGCUAAAGCAAAACACGUUACAAAUCGAAUUAUUUGCCUCAUAAAUAUUUUUAGAAGAUAACAAUUUAUAUGAUGUAGUUCCACAGCUACAUGAGAACAUCCGUAAUCUGGCACGUGGACGCGACUGCUUUGCCACCUAACUUAAGCAGAGAUGACAGUCAUGCUGUUAACAGUUAUCAAAGGAAUAUCCCUGGCCUGGGAACGGACUCGAGGCUGUGUUUCCAGCUGGGACUCUCGUGCCUUUGAUGGGAUGUAGCAGUUUUAACCACGUGCCAUUGUAGCACGUAAAUGUUGGUCACGCUCCUGGAACAUAUACAUGGUAACUAUACAUGAAAAUCAAGCUGUUCCAGCCUGGACAUGGCACCUCAUUUGGUUACGCUUUCCUCUUUUGACCAUCUUCACUUCAGUGAUAAGGACAAAAUGAAGCUGAGGAAGCCAGCUGUUGAAAAGAUGCGCAGAGACCGCAUCAACAACUGCAUCGAUCAGCUCAAGAGUCUCCUGGAGAAGGAGUUCCACAGUCAAGACCCCAGUGCCAAACUGGAGAAGGCCGAUAUUCUGGAAAUGACUGUCAGCUUUCUCAAACAGCAGCAGCAGUUUCCUCAGAGGGACUAUAAUGAAGGCUACUCUCACUGCUGGAGGGAGUCUGUCCACUUCCUCACUCUUCAUUCCACCGGAGAAAGAUCCGGCCGGGAGCUCCAGCACCUCCACAACGCUCAGCGAGUGAGUGCUGCUAUCGGCUCCGCUCCACCGGCACCUUCCUCUAAACUGAGCACGGCUGGUUUGCAACAGCCUGACAGCAGGAGGCCCGUCUGGAGACCCUGGUAGAGAUGCUGUGAACUGUAAACACUGAGGGACAGUCAUAGUAAUGUCUCUCAUAAAAGUAGGAGAUUCAUUUCCAAAGUGUACAUUUGUGUCAUCAUAUUGAUUGACAAAACUUUAGACAAACAUGUGUUUGUCAAUAGAAAGAGGUGGAUUUAUGUGCUGCUUCUGUUUUGAUAGCUCAUAAUGUGCUUUUUACCACAUAUGUGAUUACUUAAAUAGUUUUUUGAAUAUAUAUUUAUUUUUUCAUUUUGUUUUGAUGUGUGCAUAUUUAAUUGAGGUUGACUCCAGUGGAGUUUUAUGUAUCAGACCUUUAAAA